AUGCAGGCUGCGGCGGGCGGUCCGCCGCAGAAAAAGAAGAAAAUGAGGAAAACGAAGGAUACCAAGAAAAUGAAAAAAGCAGCGAAACAGUUGCAGCUGCGCGCGGAGGCGGCGGCAGCCGAGCGGGCGGCAGCUAAGCAGGCGGCGGAGGAGGCGGCUCGGGAGGCGGCUCGCCGCGCCAGGCACUUGAGGGUUCUUGGCCGCAGGUCGGGUGCCGAGAAGGAGCUGGAGGAGCUAGUGUUUGGUGACAGCCUCAACAUGGAGGAGGACGAGCUGCUGCGUCGCCUGGCAGGCCCCACGCGGCUUAAUGCUACAGGGAGGAGUAAUCUGCAGAAAGACUCCAGUGAUUCAGAGAUAGAAAAUGAAGCAAAAGGUAAAAUUUCGUCCAGAAAGCCAGCCUGGGUGGAUGAAGAUGAUGAGGCUGAGGAAAAUGUUGAUAUGACCCAUAAGUAUAGGAAAGGCUUCAUGAAAAGUGAUACUGAGAAGAUACUUACUAAGAAAAAAUUGAAAAGAAGACUUGAAGAACAGUUUCAACGAGCUAUGGGAGGAGUUCCUGCCUGGGCUGAUUUAGACAACAGGAAGAAAUCUAAAAAGACUACAAGCAAUAGUGACACUGAUGAAGAUGAUGAUCUGCUCUGCAGGACUGGCAAUUUCAUAGCAAGCUCAGAGUCCCUACCAAGAGGUAUUCUGAAGCUGAAGACCUGCCUGCCUGCCAACCAGGAGCGCUUCGCUAGUGGCAAGCUGGCCACGGUGCAGUUCCAUCCCUCUGCCCAGGUAGUCAUGACUGCUGGGCAUGAUCGCUCUGUGUCCCUCUUCCAGGUGGAUGGUAUAAGGAAUCCAAAAAUCCAGAGCAUUUAUUUGGAGAGCUUUCCAGUCUACAAGGCUUGUUUCAGUGUUGAUGGAGAGCAAGUUAUAGCCAGUGGUACUCACCACAGGAUGUUCUUCGUGUAUGAUAUGAUGAGUGGAAGCAUCAUUCCCAUACAGAAAGUGAGAGGUGUGGAUGAAAGAUUCCUCAGAAGCUUUGAGCUCUCUCCAGAUGGAUCAUUCAUGCUUGUAACAGGAACUUCGGGGUACCUUCACCUGCUGUCAAUGAAGACAAAAGAGCUGGUCAGCACCAUGAAGAUCAAUGGGAGGUGCACUGCAUCUGCUUUCACUCCAGACAGCCGGCAGAUAUACAGCUACUCAAAGGAAGGUGAAGUUUUCAUCUGGGAUGUGAGAAGCAGAAAGUGUCUGCACAAGUUUGAAGAUGAAGGCUGCUUGGAAGGGAAGUGCAUUGCUGUUUCAAGAAAUAACCAAUAUGUGGCUUGUGGCUCAGCUUCUGGAGUUGUAAAUCUGUACACUACUGAUACCUGCCUCAAGGCAAGCCAUCCUAAACCAGUGAAAGCCAUCAUGAACCUGGUGACCUCUGCCACCUGUGUGACCUUCAAUCCCACUACGGAAAUCCUGGCAGUGGCUUCCUGUGAAGCAGAUGAAGCUGUCAAGUUGGUGCACAUUCCUUCCUACACUGUGUUCCCCAACUUCCCUGUCUUCAGAAGAAAACAGAUUUAUCUUGCUCAGUCUAUGGACUUCUCUCCCAGAAGUGGCUUUUUCUCUGUAGGAAACAACAAAGGCAAAGCUUUGCUCUUCAGGCUGAAACAUUAUUCAGAUUUUUAAAAGAAGAUACAGGAGGAGGUGGAGCAGGAACUGAGGUGCUGUAACCUGCACAUCCAAGGUUGCUGACCAAAUCCAACAAGUCUUUUUUAUGUGGAAGUCCAGAAAGACUCCUCCAACAUUGGUGGUUUUUAAUAAA